AUGGCCCUUUCAUCCUCACUCGCUUUUUCUCGUCCUUGUGGUAUUCCGCCCCAGCCCCACCGUUUAUUCCCGCUCAAAGCCCGUACCUUUCUCUUACCUGUAAAUGGCGCUGUUUGUCCCCGUACCCUUCCCUCCAUCAUCUCCGCCAAAGCUUCGCCGGUGGUCUACUCCACUAGACAAGCGCUUGAAUCCGUCAACAUUGCUGAAGACGUCACCCAGUUGAUCGGAAGUACACCGAUGGUGUACCUCAAUAAGGUGACAGAAGGCUGUGCGGGAAAUGUUGCUGCAAAACUUGAGUCUAUGGAACCUUGCCGAAGUGUCAAGGACAGAAUUGGCUAUAGCAUGUUAACCGAUGCUGAAGAAAUUGGAGCAAUCUCUCCUGGCAAGACUACUUUAGUAGAACCAACAACUGGAAAUACAGGACUGGGUAUUGCUUUUAUUGCAGCAACGAAGGGAUACAAACUUAUAGUCACCAUGCCUGCUUCUAUAAAUAUUGAAAGAAGAAUCCUUUUACGUGCAUUUGGAGCAGAGAUUGUUUUGACAGAUCCCGAGAAGGGUCUGAAAGGGGCUGUUGACAAAGCUGAAGAAAUCGUUCUUAGAACACCCAAUGCUUACAUGUUUCGGCAAUUUGAUAACAUGACUAAUGUGAAGAUCCACUUCGAAACUACAGGGCCAGAGAUAUGGGAGGAUACCAUAGGUAAUGUUGAUGUACUGGUUGCUGGGAUUGGAACUGGUGGUACUGUUACAGGAACUGGGAAAUAUCUCAAACUAAUGAACAAAAAAAUAAAGGUUGUUGGUGUGGAACCUGCAGAGAGAAGUGUAAUCUCAGGGGACAAUCCAGGUUACCUGCCAAGCAUUUUAGAUGUUAAAUUACUUGAUGAGGUUAUCAAGGUUACCAACGUUGAAGCUAUUGAAAUGGCAAGGAGAUUAGCGUUGGAAGAAGGUUUACUGGUCGGGAUUUCUUCAGGAGCUGCUGCAGCUGCUGCCAUAAGUGUAGCAAGACGGCCUGAGAAUGUUGGAAAACUCAUUGUAGUUAUAUUUCCAAGUUUUGGUGAAAGGUACAUAUCCACUGCUCUCUUCAAUUCAAUCUAUGAAGAGGUUCAGAGAAUGUGACAAUGAUGAGAUAUAGCCUGGCUGUAUGCCAUUACAAAUACUUUAUGGAGAUUUGAUGAGCUGAUUUCGUGGUCGCAUUAAAGAAGCUGCCUUAUGCUCUGUAUAGAUUGCUCGGAGCUGAGCUCAAACGGGAUGCAAGGAGGGCUGAGUUGAUGUACGAUAUAUCUUAUAUGACCUUGCAUUCUUUUGUUCUGUGAUUUGCCAUGGCCUUCCAUUCGAUUUGUUUUUCAACGCUUCACUUCCCUUGCCGAAUCAUACACGAACAAUGUUCAACUCUUGUGAGAUUCAAUUUGUUUAUUUUGCUUGUUGACCACACAAUGUAUAAUACGUUGACAUGUAAGCUCAUGGGUCAAUUUAUAACAUGGUUUGUAUUGAAGAAGUUUCUAGUUACGAAGUUUUGGUGGGAAGCCUUUGAA